AUGAGCUCUGCUCCCAUUGACUGCUCAACUCCUCCGCCAGCAAAGGAGAGAGCAGUCACUUCAGCCUCGCCAUCGCCUCACGACCACAAUCCAAGGGUCUCGAUUCCUCAUGGAUGUGUCCCCAGCCCUGCCUCACCGCCGUAUUCCGUCUUCACCAAGAGACAGAAAUGGCUCAUUGUCGUUCUGAGCACGUUCGCAGCCUCGUUCUCACCUUUGUCGUCCUUUAUCUUCUUUCCUGCCAUUACAGCCUUGUCUGAUUCUCUCAACGUAUCCACUGCCAGAAUCAACCUCACUAUAACUUCUUACAUGAUAGUCGCCGGUAUCGCGCCAGCUCUGUUGGGCGAUCUGGCCGAUACGGUGGGAAGACGAGUGGUGUAUCUAUUGAUGAUGAGCAUUUAUUGUCUUGCAAACGUUGGAUUGGCAUUGCAGACUGAUUGGGCUGCACUUUUUGUUCUUAGAAUGGUGCAGAGUGCUGGCAGCGCGUCUACCAUAGCUGUUGGAUACGGUGUUGUGUCAGAUCUCGCCGCACCAGCUGAACGGGGCGAAUUCGUCUCUGGGAUGGUCCUUGGCCCGAACAUCGCAACAGCCGUCGGACCUAUCCUGGGGGGCGUAUUGGCCCAGUCAACUGGAUGGCGUUGGAUUUUUCGCUUCUUAAGCAUCCUCUCAGGGACCUGUCUCCUCUUGAUUGCUCUACUUCUCCCGGAAACGGCACGGUCGGUGGUUGGCAAUGGCUCCGGUGCGGUGUCCGGCCUUCGUCGCACUCCUUUCUCAUACUUUGUAUCUGUGCCACCGCCGGGACCCAUACCAGAGUCCAAUAACACCAAGAUUGAGUCGACACCGUCUCCAGAAGUCCCUGAUCGAAAGGGUUUCCACAUGCCAAACCCUAUGGCGAGCCUGAAACUACUCUUGGCCAAGGAUUGCUUCUCAAUUGUUCUGAUUUUUGCCAUCUUCUACAUGAACCUCAGCUGUGUGCAAGCUUCCACGUCCACGCUGUUCAUUCACCUGUACGGGAUCUCGGAACUGAAAUCAGGACUCAUAUACUUACCGUCUGGUAUUGGAUCGAUCAUCGGAGCUUACGGUGCCGCAGGAUACAUACUCAAGUAUGACUAUCGCGUCACAGCUAGUAGGCAUGGCAUAACCAUCAAUGUAGAAGGUGGGGACGACCUGACUAUAUUUCCUAUUGAAGAAGCGCGACUUAGAAGCGUCCGAUAUACAAUCAGUACGGCAGGACUAAGUACGAUAGGUUAUGGAUGGGCCUUGAGAUACAGAACACAUAUGGCUAUCCCACUGAUACUCCAAUUCAUCAUAGGCCUUUCAACGGCUGUGGUGUUCAACACGAUCGGAACACUUUUGACAGACGUGCAUCCGAAAUCGCCAUCAACUGCAUCGGCAGCAAACAGCAUCGUUCGCUGUCUUCUUGCUGGAGGAGGUCUUGCCCUCGUACAGGUCUUUAUAGAUUCUAUAGGCGUCCAGUGGACAUUUACGCUGUUCGGAGGCGUGUCUCUGGGUUGCUUAGGUCUGGUAUGGUUGGAGUUGAGAUUUGGGAGGAUGUGGAGGGACACGAUGAGAGAACGAAACGUCGAACGUUGA